AUGCGCUCAGAACCAGCAUCCCUGCGGUUGCGAGGAUCAUUUGUAGUCAAUGUGACACAGACCUCCUAUCAGGCAGAGGAGAACCACAACAUCACACUGGAGUGGACGUUCACCACCAAACCUGACAGAUCCAUCAUCAUUAUCCAUGAUAAACUCUCAGUCCUGUGUCAUGAGGAGGAGAAGAUGAUCUGCAGGAUCCUGCUGCUCCUCAUCCUCACCUCAUGUGUCUCUGGAUCAUUUGUAGUCAAUGUGACACAGACCUCCUAUCAGGCAGAGGAGAACCACAACAUCACACUGGAGUGGACGUUCACCACCAACCCUGACAGAUCCAUCAAAUCUCUCAACAUCCUCUGUGACCUGAUAACUAAUAGUAAACAGUUUGUCCUGUAUCAUGUUCAUGAAGGUGUUGAGGUGUCAGAGUCUCAGGAUGCAAAGUUUUCAGGACGAGUCCAGAGUGACAAAGACGCCCUCAGAGAAGGACGAAUCAGACUUCAAGUGUCCAGACUCAGGACUGAUGACUCGGGUCUGUACCUGUGUGAGGUCAACACUGAUGAUGGCUUCAGUGUUGGAAGAUGUCAGCUUAACGUCACUGGUAAGUUGAUUCAGUAA